CCUGUCACGCGGGUCGGAGCCGAGGCUGCGGUCUUCGGGGACGAUCGGGCUCAGCGGCGGAGACGCUGCGCAGCGGGUGGUACGGUUUUACAGAAGACGUGAACUGUUCUACUUAUAGAUUUUUUCCUUUUCUUUCUAUAAAUCAAACCAUCUAAAAAUGGAGGCCUAAAUCCUUUAAAAGGGACCUAGUCUACUCUCCGGGAGGUAGUUUUGUGCAUGAAUAAACAAAUUAAGUAGGUAACUGUAGUUUUUGAUAUCCAAAAGUGUUAGUUUAAAAAAUACAGUGUAUUUUUAUUAGGUGUAACUUCUGAAUUGGAUUUUUAAUUUCACUUGUGGGUGUCGAAGAAAAGUGACUGUAGCUGAGGCAAAGUGUUUAUGCACUAUUCAAAGCUGACGUCUCCUUCUGAAACUGUGUAGAAUAGAAAAAGUGCCUGUGUUUGGUGAAAAAUUUAAAAUGAGUGACAGUUGUUUAGAACAAAGAUUUAAUAUUCAGCCCUGGGCCAAAUUAGAGAAAUAUGCAAAUAAGACCUUUGACAUGUUAGAAGGUUUCUACAAUAACAAAGGAAUGUUAAGAACAAAAUUCUUUGAUGGUUACAAGAAGUUUAGAGAAAGUAGGAAAGAUAAACAUGAUGAUUGGUGAAGAAAUUAACCACUCAUAAGACUGGAUCUUAUUAAAGCAUACAAUUUAGUUUGUUCAAAUGGAUUAUCUUCUCUUGAGAAUGAUGGCUGGGUGGCUACAUUUUGGUAAAUGAACAUACUUAUAAGGAGACAGAAGUUUUCUAACAGUGUGAAAAAUUACUGCCAAGGAAAGGAAUACUGAAGUCAGAUACGUUAGCUACCAUUUGCAAGUUUAAUAAUCAUGAUGCCACCUGGAAAUACAGCUUACAGUAGUUAAGCCCUCCCCUCAGUGGGGCGCAAGAAGGCAUACUUAUAGAAAAAGAAAACAAAAACCAACCCACAUAACUUAUUUCUUGGUCAUAGCCCAUUCACUCCUAGCUAGUAAUACUUGAGAAAUUCUAAAUUUUGAUAAUGGCCCUGCUGUUUUAAAGGAGUGGAUUGUGACAGAGUAAAUUUACUAGUAGUGUUUGUCAUGAUAAAGUUUGGUUUAAGGUAUUUUACCUGUGAAAAUUUUUUGACUCAAGCCAAAUUUGUGCAACUUGAUUACCCAUCUUAGCCUAUAACCUCAGAACUCUUUUGACUAUUUUUAAUAUUAUAUGCAUUUUCAAAGCAGAAGACUUGAUGUUGGCUCUAAUCAAAACAGCAUGAAGCAGAACCUAAAAGAACAGAGCAAAUAUACUAAUCUCUGAUCACUUACCUAAAAUAGAAUGCUUAACUUGCUAAGGUCUAAUGGUAUCACUGUGCCUGAGUUACCAGGUUCUUGAGUCUCUUUGGGAAGUAAUUAUUGCUUGAUAAAUCUUGAAAGUAGGCCUAAGAAUGUAUCAGCCAACUCUAUUACAAUUUGAUCUUUUUAUUUGAGGAAAAAUUCAACUUUUUGUUCCCCCUGUUAAAAUGACUGUAGAAAGAAAAAUUUAAUUUGAGAAAGACUUAGGGUAUAUUAUAUUUAAUUGCAUCAAAGAUGUCAUCAACUGACAGAGAGACUUAACUUAUGUACCACUCAGAAACAAAUAUGCUGCAAAUGCUAUUAAUUCUAAGAUACUUCUGCAAAUCAGCGAUGUUAAAACAAACACCUUUGAUGUAGUGAAAUGUAAAAAUGCAUUCUUUUCAUUUUUGGAGGGUGUUUUCUGUCUACCAAAUUUCACAAUUUCCAAAAAGCAAAAUAAACAGUUUGAAUAUUUUUCUACAGUUUCUGCAGAACAUUCAUAGAAUACUGUUUUCCACCUGAGUCAUGUGAGUCAGACAUGUUAUCUUCAGUUUGGUGCUUGCCAGUCAAGCUCUCUAGUGGCUAGGGAAGGCAACACUGAAUGACAUCUCGAUGACCUCAGCACCUGACACUUCCAGGAAAUGUUUUGAUUUUCAUCACAAGGUAGUUGAUUACAUUGCAUGUGUAAAGAUUAUACAAAGAUUGAAUUUUCAUGUAUAACUGUCCCUUAAAACAUAUCAGUAUAUGACUUAGGACCUCACAAUGCAGAAACCCUAAAUGCCUACAAGUGAAAAGAACAAAAGAACUCCAGUUCUAGGUAUUUGACGAGUACUAAGACGAAUGAACCAUAAGCCGUGCACAAAACUACCUCCCUAGAGAAAGGCUAGUCCCUUUUCCUCCCCAUCUGUUUCAUUAUGAACAUAGUAGAAAAAAGUGAAUUUUUAUCAAACUUGAUGAAAAGUGCUAACACAUUUGAAUUGAAAUACGAUUUCUCUUGUGAACUGUACCGCAUGUCCACAUAUUCAACUUUCCCUGCUGGUAUUCCUGUUUCAGAAAGGAGGCUUGCUCGGGCAGGUUUUUAUUAUACUGGAGUGAAUGACAAGGUCAAAUGCUUCUGUUGUGGCCUGAUGCUGGACAACUGGAAACAAGGAGACAGUCCUAUUGAAAAGCAUAAAAAGUUGUAUCCUAGCUGUAGCUUCGUUCAGAAUCUGAAUUCGCCUCACAUGUUGGGAGCCAUCUCUCAGCCUUCUUCUCCUUCAGUAACACAUUCUACACAUUCAUUACUUCCAAGUUUGCAAAACGCUGGAUAUUUCAGUGGUUCUUAUUCAAGCUUUCCAUCCACAUCUGUAAUCUCCGGACCGAAUCAAGAUCUCCACCACGGUGUAAUGAAUACUGAAAAGGCCAGAUUGCUUACUUUCCAGAUGUGGCCCUUGUCUUUUCUGUCACCAGCAGAUCUGGCAAAAGCAGGAUUUUAUUACAUCGGCCCUGGAGAUAGAGUGGCCUGCUUUGCUUGUGGUGGGAAGUUGAGCAACUGGGAACCAAAGGAUGAUGCCAAGUCAGAACACCUGAGACAUUUCCCCAACUGCCCAUUUGUAGAAAAUCAGUUUCAAGAGACUUUACCAUACAUUGUCUCUAACCUGAGCAUGCAGACACAGGCAGCCCGCAUGAAAACAUUCUAUAACUGGCCCUCUAAUGCUCCAGUUCACCCUGAGCAGCUUGCAAGUGCCGGCUUUUAUUAUACAGGUCACAGUGAUGAUGUCAAGUGCUUUUGCUGUGAUGGUGGACUGAGGUGUUGGGAAUCUGGAGAUGACCCAUGGGUGCAACAUGCCAAAUGGUUUCCAAGGUGUGAGUUCUUGAUACAAGUUAAAGGACAGGAGUUCACUAGUCGGGUUCAAGCCAAUUACCCUCAUCUCCUUGAACAGCUAUUAUCUACUUCAGAAAACCCAGAAGAUGAAAAUGUCGAGUCACCAAUUAUCCAUUUUGGGCCUGAUGAGAACCAUGCAGAAGAUGCAGUCAUUAUGAACACACCUGUGGUGAAAGCUGCCCUGGAAAUGGGCUUCAGCAGAAAACUGGUCAAACUGACAGUUCAGAGUAAAAUCCUGACAGCUGGAGAGAAUUACAAAACUGUCAGUGAUCUUGUAUUAGAUUUACUUAAUGCAGAAGACGAGAUAAGAGAAGAGGAGAAAGAAAGAGCAACUGAAGAAAAAGAAUCAGAUGAUCUGUUAUUAAUUCGGAAGAACAGAAUGGCACUUUUCCAACAUUUGACAUGUGUGCUUCCAAUCCUGGAUAGCCUACUAACUGCCAGGGUGAUUAGUGAACAAGAACAUUAUGUUAUUAGACAGAAAACACAGAUAUCGUUACAAGCAAGAGAAGUGAUUGAUACUAUUUUAGUCAAAGGAAACUUUGCAGCGACCAUAUUCAAAAAUACUCUUCAAGAAACAGACUCCACAUUAUACAAGCAUUUAUUUGUUGAACGGGACAUAAAGUAUAUUCCCACAGAAGAUGUUUCAGAUCUAUCAAUGGAAGAACAAUUGAGGCGACUACAAGAAGAAAGGACAUGUAAAGUGUGUAUGGACAAAGAAGUGUCCAUAGUGUUCAUUCCGUGUGGUCACCUGGUAGUUUGCAAGGAUUGUGCCCCUUCUCUAAGAAAAUGUCCUAUUUGUAGAGGGACAAUCAAGGGUACAGUUCGUACAUUUCUUUCAUGAUGAAGUCUAAACUUUGUUCUAAACUUUAAAAUUAAUGGAUCGAAUGUAAUUUUAAUUUUUAUACUGAUUUGGUUUCUUUAAGAUUUUUAAUUUAUUUGUAAUUCUGAAAAUUUUAUGUAAAUAUAUUUAUAUAUGUAUCUAAAACAUGAAAUAGAAAUACUAAGAGAAUGAUAGGCUUUUAUUCUUGCAAACAAAAUAGGGAUAUCACUACAAGCACAAUACUAAAUCAAAAUGUCGGCACUAAUGAAAUUGUAAAUAAAAUUUAACGUUUUUGAGUUAACCUUUCAGAACUUUCCCUAUUUUGGGCGUUAAGAAUAUUAAGAAUAUUAAGAAUCUGGAACACAGAAUUUCUGCUUUUUUUCCAUCAGUGCCCAAUAAUAAUAUGCCUGGAUAUUUUUAGUGACUUUUUAUGGACACAGUGUUUUUGUAAGAAUUCUAUGGAACAUUUUUUAAUA